AAAUGAUUCACUUUUAACUACACUAUAUUCAAUUCAAAAUGGAGAAGGGGUUCACUCGAACACACUCCGAUCCUGCUUUUUGGCCAACCAGUCUAUACAGUAAAGAAGAGAAAGAGAGAUGUCGACGUUUCUUUCCUCGGCUUGUACAUUUAUAUUUACUUAUUCUGCAGACAUUUUGCAGCAUUUUAGCCACUUUUUUUCUAUAAUUAAUCUUUAGUGCAUUUCUAUAUCACCUUUAUAUAUUUAAACUUAUAUAAAACCAAUACAAUGUAUUGUAUAUCUUAAUAAAUAAUAAUCUUUACUCAAUAAGUGUCAAUUUAGCUGAAGUAAAGUACGUUAUUUCAGACACAAUUGAUUAUUUUUUACUUUCAUUGAUUAUAUACAAUGAGUAAAUAAUUAAUUUAUAGAAUUAUUUUUGGAGUCUAUUCAUUGUUUUGUAUUUAACAAAAAGGAGACUACUUAAAGUAAUCAAAAAUGUCUAAACGAUCAGCAGAAAGUAGUGACUUGAUGGCUCAACCGCCUAUCAAAAAAGUCCAAUUUGAGCCCAUUUUAAUUGGGCCUAUAUCUACUCUAGAAGAAAUGGACAUGAAAGUUCUUCAAUUUCAGAACAAGAAGCUUGCGCAGAGGUUGGAUCAACGACAUCGAACUGAAACUGAACUACGACAAAGAAUUGAACAAUUAGAGAAACGACAAACUCAAGAUGAUGCUGUGCUUAAUGUUGUUAAUCGUUACUGGAACCAACUGAAUGAAGAUAUUCGUUUAUUACUUCAAAGAUUUGAUGCAGAAACAGCUGAUGAAUCUGAAAAUAAGAAUGAAUCUGAAGCAACAACGUCAUUCUUGAUGCAAUUAUCAUCGUGGGACAAAGAAGAAUUGGAUGACAAAUUGGCCCAUCGUGUUCAAGUUUCAAAACGAGCUGUUUCGAAAGUUAUACAAGCUUUUGAUCGUCUAUCUCAACGGAAUGAAAAGAUUACUCUUGCUUUAAAAGGAGAGUAUAAUGGAGAGGAAGCACCACAAAUUGAUGAAGUUGUUAGAAAAGCAAAUAUAGAAAUUCAAGCAGAAAACCGUAACUUACAAGCUAUAAAUCUACAACUUCAUGAAAAAUAUCACACUAUGUCAUUAAAGAUGUCUGGAUUGCAAGAUGCAAUUACUGGAAAAGAUACUCUUGUAGCUGAGUUAAGGAAUCAAGUUGAUGAUUUACAAUAUGAAUUAAAUAAAGUUUGUGCUCGAAAUGACAAGUUAGAACAUCAUCUUGGAGAAGCAAUAGAGAAAUUAAAAACUUUCCAACAAAUUCACGGCUCUGAUGAAAAAGGAAGUAACAAAUCUAGUACACUUGUGGCUUCAAGUGUGUCGCAAGCGAAAUUAGAUGAUUUACAACGUGAAUUAGAGGAAACACGAGAGCUAGCUAAUAACCGGUUACAAGAAUUAGAUAAAUUACAUCAACAACAUAGAGAUGCUUUGAAAGAAGUUGAAAAACUUAAAAUGGAUAUUCGCCAACUACCAGAAUCUGUUAUUGUCGAAACGACUGAAUACAAAUGUUUGCAAUCACAAUUUUCAGUACUUUAUAAUGAAUCAAUGCAACUGAAAACUCAACUCGAUGAUGCUCGUCAACAAUUACAAUCAAGUAAAAAUUCUCAUUUGCGUCAUAUAGAAAUGAUGGAGAGUGAAGAGCUCGUAGCACAGAAAAAAUUACGAGGUGAAUGUAUUCAAUUAGAAGAUGUAUUAGCACAAUUAAGAAAAGAGUAUGAAAUGUUACGUAUUGAAUUUGAGCAAAAUUUAGCAGCAAAUGAACAAACGGGUCCUAUAAAUCGUGAAAUGCGGCAUUUAAUUACAUCUUUACAGAAUCAUAAUCAACAACUCAAAGGAGAAGUGCAUCGAUAUAAACGCAAAUAUAAAGAAGCUUCAGCAGAAAUUCCAAAAUUGAAAAAAGAAAUAGAAGAUUUGACAGCUAAAUUUGGACAGCAAGCUCCUCAAGAAAAUAAAGAAAGUAAUGGUUCAGAUAGUAGUGGUAAAGAAGAAGACUCAUCGAAUUUUCUUUCAGGAUCAAUGCAGAUAAAAGAAGAAGGUAAUAUGAAUGUGAAAAGAGAGAUGACAACAGAUGAAGAAACAGAUCCUACUGAAACGAAUGAAGGGGAAAAUAAGAAUGCGUCUGAUUCUCAUGCACUUCCUUCUCCUGUUAUGAAAAAAGAGAAGGAUGUCAAACGUGAUAAAGAUGUUAAAAAAGAUCCAGCUUUAAAAACUGAACAUCGAGAUCAAACGGCUCAUCGAUCGAAGGAUCCAAAAAUGGUUGAGUCAGAGAUGGUGAGAGAUCUUAAAGCUCAAUUGAAAAAAACUGUAAACGAAAUGAAAGAGAUGAAACUCUUAUUAGAUAUGUAUAAAGGCGUUGGAAAGGAACAACGUGAUAAAGUACAACUGAUGGCAGCAGAACGAAAAAUUCGUACAGAAGUAGAAGAGCUUCGUCAACAAUUAAAGAAAAUUCAGAUGCUUGACUUACAGGAAAACAAACGUGAAGAGCGUAAAAAGCUUGCUGAUGAAGAUGCUCAAAUGAAAAUUAAAAAAUUAGAAGAACAAGCAUAUAUUUUACAACGACAAGUUGCGUCACAAAAACAGAUAUUUGAUCUGUUUCAGGAAGAAGAAGCUUUAUUGAAUGAAAUGGAAGUAACUGGACAAGCUUUCGAAGAUAUGCAGGAACAAAACUCAAGACUUAUUCAGCAAUUACGGGAAAAAGAUGAUGCGAAUUUUAAAUUAAUGACCGAAAGAAUCAAGAGCAAUCAGCUUCAUAAAUUAGCACGAGAAGAAAAAGAUGUAUUGAAAGAACAAGUGUCGACUUUAACGACUCAGGUAGAAGCUGCAAAUGUUGUUGUAAGAAAGCUAGAAGAAAAAGAACGCUUAUUACAAAACUCCUUAGCAACUGUUGAAAAAGAAUUAGCUAUACGACAACAAGCAAUGGAAAUGCAUAAGCGUAAAGCUAUUGAAAGUGCACAAUCUGCAGCAGAUUUGAAACUUCAUUUAGAAAAAUAUCAUUCACAAAUGAAGGAAGCUCAACAGGUUGUGGCAGAAAAGACAAGCUCUUUAGAAGCGGAGGCGUAUAAAACAAAAAGAUUACAGGAGGAAAUAGCGCAGUUACGACGAAAAGUAGAAAGAAUGAAGAAGAUUGAGUUGGCGGAAACAUUAGAUGAGGUGAUGGCUGAGGAAUUACGAGAAUAUAAAGAAACGUUAACUUGUCCAUCAUGUAAAGUUAAACGAAAGGAUGCAGUACUUACAAAGUGUUUCCAUGUUUUCUGUUGGGAUUGUUUACGUACGCGGUACGAAACUCGCCAAAGAAAAUGUCCUAAAUGUAAUUGUGCAUUUGGUGCAAACGAUUAUCAUAGAUUAUAUUUAUCAACUUGAAGGAGAAAAAAUUAGUAUUAGCUUAAAAAUUUUUUACUUGAGUAUAUAUUGUUUACUUACUGGAUUCCUUGCAUCAGAUAAUUGAUGUAUUUGUAUAAACGUAUAUGUACUAUUUUUUUAAUUUUCCUUAAUUUCAAUAUUUAUUUUUACAAGAAUUUUUAAAAUUAUUAAUUUCGAAUAUUCGAUACAUUUAAUAUAAUGCAGUUUACAUGUGUAUUAUUAAACAUGAAUUGUGCAGUUGAUCAUUUUAAUUCAACCAUUAUACAAUCUCGCAAUAAAAGAUAAGAC